CCACCAAGAACAUCAACACCAUGGCCCCCAUGCUCACGCUCGCGUACCUGUACGAGGACUGUAAGCAGCGUGAGUAUGAGCCGUGGCUCGACGCGUGGGCUGCGUGGGCUAUGGACGCGCUGCCGCGGACGCGCUUCGGCGGUAUGCAGCACAGCACGUACGAGGCCGAGAACCGGAACGAGCUGUGGGGUGACACGCUCAUGAUGGCGGUGCUGCCGCUGGCGAAGAUUGGGCUGGUGCUGAGGCGGCCGCGGUAUGUGGAGGAGGCGCGACGGCAGUUUUUGCUGCAUGUGCAGUACCUGUUUGACACGGAGACGGGGUUGUUCUUUCAUGGGUGGAAGUUCGAGGACGGGGACCGGGGCGGUUUGAGGUUGGGGCAUAAUUUUGCGCGGGCGAGGUGGGCGAGGGGGAAUAGUUGGUUGACGAUUGCGAUUCCGGAUUUUAUUGAGAUGUUGGAGAUGCAGGAGGGGGAUCCGAUGAGGGUGUGGUUAGUUGAUGUGCUGACGGCGCAGUGUCAGGCGUUGAAGAGGCUGCAGGCAGAUAGUGGCAUGUGGCGGACGCUAUUGGAUGUCCCGGAGAGCGAGGGCAGCUAUGAAGAGGCGUCGGCGACAGCGGGGUUUGUGUACGGGAUGUUAAAGGCUGUAAGGAAGCGGUAUAUCGGGAAGGAAUUUGAGGAGGUGGCAGUCAAAGCAGUGAAAGCGGUCCUGGGAAAGGUGAAUAAAGAUGGAGAGCUCUUGGAUGUCAGCUUCGGUACGGCAAUGGGGUCGACACUGCAGCAUUAUAAAGAUAUCAAGCUGACAAGUAUGCCAUACGGCCAAGCAAUGGCGAUAAUGGCAUUAGGAGAGUUCCUAAGGACGUUUAUAUAGCCAACCUAGGAAUUGAAGAGAAGAGAAGAGAAGCGAAGCGAAGUGUGCGAUCCCAAGGCAUCAACGUUUAGGAAGCAAUGGAGGCCUGAAAACCCCCUGAACUCCCACCCCUGGGUAAGAGCGGUAGGUUAUAGUGUGAGAAUGAACCACGGCG